AUUGACUUUUCGAUCCAGUUUCAACUCCAUCACUACUCGUCCUAGUCAAGGUUAGUUUCUCACGGAAUGCCUCCUAAUAUCGACAUAGAGAAUCAGCAGCGGGCUGAUGAGCAAACUCCGCUGCUCAAAGACACAGCUCAGAGUGGACCCGAGCAACAGACGCCGCAGCCGGAGAAUCAUGGAUCGGGCGAGGCUGAACACGAGCAGGCCGCUUUGCUCGAGCCGCCGCCGGAACGUACGAGGAGCUGGUAUUUCUGGAGGGUGUUGUGGUUUGUAGUUGCAGCCGUAAUACUAGCGGUUUUCAUUAAGGGGUGGGUGGAUGCGGAUGAUGUUGAGUUCGACCUGAAAAGUGCGCUCAAACGAGCGCUUGGGGGUGGGUUGAGUGGUGCUGCGGCUAUGGUUUUACAAGUGUUGCUUCUUAUGCCGGUGAGGACUAUUAUGAACUAUCAGUACCGUCAUGGCUCGUCUUUUACCGCCGCUACGGGCACACUUUAUCAAGACGGUGGAAUAAGACGGUAUUAUCAAGGAAUCGGCGCUGCACUCAUUCAAGGUCCCGCAUCAAGGUUCGGAGAUACGGCAGCCAACGCGGGAAUCCUCGCUUUGCUGCAGUCCAACUCGUACUUGAAGAACUUCCCCUCGCCUAUUAAAACCAUCUUCGCUUCUCUCUGCGCCGCCGCGUUCAGAAUGAUUCUGACCCCUAUCGACACCCUCAAAACAACCCUUCAAGCACAGGGAGCUCGCGGAACUGCCCUUCUUCGUCAACGAAUCAAGGUACACGGGGUCGGAAGUCUCUGGUGGGGCGCAUUUGCUACUGCCGCUGCGACCUUCGUUGGGCAUUAUCCCUGGUUUGCCACGUACAACUUCCUAACCGAUCUGCUCACCGAGCCACCCAAGCACCCCCUUAUCUGGUGGUUGGCCCGCUUGGCGUUUAUUGGCUUCUGUGCAUCCAUUAUUUCAGAUUCCAUCUCGAACUCAUUGCGAGUUGUCAAGACUUAUCGCCAAGUCAAUGAUACCAAAGUCACUUACACGGAAGCCGCAAGGCUCGUUGUCCUCCAGGAUGGCAUCUCCGGCCUCUUUGGUCGUGGGCUCAAGACACGUAUCUUGGCCAAUGGCCUUCAAGGAAUUAUGUUCUCCAUUCUCUGGAAACUAUUUCUGGAUCUAUGGGAGCAGAAGACGCACUCCUAAAGUUCCGUGUCCGAUGUUUAUCUGUUCAUCAUGUAUUGGUCACUUAAAAACAUGAUAGACAUACAUUUGUAUAUCUGCGCUCUUUGUUUCAUGGCACUUUAACAAGCGAUUUACAAAUGUCACCGGAGAGUUUUUCAACUAGGAGAAAUAUGUGGAUGGGAACUAUUGAGUGUGGAGUUAUGUUGGACGCUAAUCAGUUGGAAUUUUACCGAUGAGAAUAUGAUGAUUGGUGUAAAGAGAGGGUAUAUACAUGGCACCAACGCACAUAAUCAUAUCGAGACAGAUAGCACUUAAUCAACUCUCAUAAGCUCUCAUGCGUGGUGAUCGAGUGGGA